ACAAGCAGUUCAGCUCCAACAGUAUCAUCAGCAUCAGCAGCAGCAUCAGCAACAUCACUGAACCUGGCAAAGAUGACUUCCAGCAGCAUGAACAUGAUGGGCAGAAUCACCUUCUACGAGGAGAGGAACUUCCAGGGUCGCUCCUACGAGUGCAUGAGCGACUGCGCUGACAUGUCCUCCUACCUGAGCCGCUGCCACUCCUGCAGGGUGGAGAGGGGCUGCUUCAUGGUCUACGACCGCACCAACUACAUGGGGAACCAGUACUUCAUGAGGAGGGGCGAGUACGCCGACUACAUGAGCAUGAUGGGCAUGAGCGACUGCAUCAGGUCCUGCCGCAUGAUCCCCAUGCACAGAGGCUCCUUCAGGAUGAGGAUGUAUGAGAGGGACAACUUCCAGGGCCAGAUGCACGAGCUGACGGACGACUGCGACAACAUCAUGGACCGCUACCGCAUGUCCAACUUCAUGUCCUGCAACGUGAUGGAUGGCCACUGGCUGAUGUACGAGCAGCCCAGCUACAGAGGAAGAAUGAUGUACAUGAGGCCUGGAGAGUACAGGAACUUCACGAACAUGGGCUCCAGCAACAUGAGGUUCAUGAGCAUGAGGCGCAUCUCUGACUCCUCAAUACAAUACAACACUAUAGCACAAGAGAGGAACUUCCAGGGUCGCUCCUACGAGUGCAUGAGCGACUGCGCUGACAUGUCCUCCUACCUGAGCCGCUGCCACUCCUGCAGGGUGGAGAGGGGCUGCUUCAUGGUCUACGACCGCACCAACUACAUGGGGAACCAGUACUUCAUGAGGAGGGGCGAGUACGCCGACUACAUGAGCAUGAUGGGCAUGAGCGACUGCAUCAGGUCCUGCCGCAUGAUCCCCAUGCACAGAGGCUCCUUCAGGAUGAGGAUGUAUGAGAGGGACAACUUCCAGGGCCAGAUGCACGAGCUGACGGACGACUGCGACAACAUCAUGGACCGCUACCGCAUGUCCAACUUCAUGUCCUGCAACGUGAUGGAUGGCCACUGGCUGAUGUACGAGCAGCCCAGCUACAGAGGAAGAAUGAUGUACAUGAGGCCUGGAGAGUACAGGAACUUCACGAACAUGGGCUCCAGCAACAUGAGGUUCAUGAGCAUGAGGCGCAUCUCUGACUCCUUCUACUAGACGACAGCUCCAACACCACAAGUUGCCACAUAAGAAAAUACUAAUAAAGUCUACUUUCUUAUAAAA